AUGGCUGGGAAGGGCAACCCAGUACCAGGCCCCCACUUAAACGGCUUCCCAAUGCCCACCUACUCCUACUUUUUCCCUCACAUGCUGGGAAGUCUGUCUCCUCCUGCUCUGCCAGGUCUGUCCAUCAGUGGAUACAGCACGCCAUCGCCAGCCAUCCCUGACACAGCGACGGUCCAUAAACUCCCAAAGAGACUGAUGGCUGCGGCGCCUCUGUUCGAUACGGUGACCUCUCCCCUGUGUGGACCAUCCAGGCCACCGUAUAUUGACUUUCUAUCUCCUGAAGUUUGUGUGGACUGUCAGAGCUCGAGGGAGACGUGA